GUUUGAGGUUUAGUCAGGUCCGACUGAGUGCCAAAACUGAAAAGCUACGAGAAUCCUACGACUCGUAUUAAUCACGCGAAACCGGAAGCACCUAGCAGUGAACAGUCUUGUCUUCUUCAAGCUGUUUGUCCGCAGCAGUCGCGAGCUCAGCAGCGUCUCCUCACGAGGACAUCCAGCCCAGUCCUGUCAGCGCGCGGCUGUGUUGUGGAAGAUGGCGCUAGCCGAAUGGAAAUCCUAAUGACAGUCUCAAAAUUUGCCUCUUUUUGUACCAUGGGCGCCAAUGCCUCUGCUCUGGAGAAAGAGAUUGGAUCUGAGCAGUUUCCGGUCAAUGAGCACUACUUUGGCCUGGUCAAUUUUGGGAACACCUGCUACUGCAACUCAGUCCUGCAGGCUCUGUAUUUCUGCCGGCCGUUUCGGGAGAAGAUCCUAGCGUACCGCAGUCAACCUCGGCGGAAGGAGAACCUGCUCACCUGCCUGGCUGACCUGUUCCACAGCAUUGCCAACCAGAAGAGAAAAGUGGGGGUCAUACCGCCCAAGAAAUUUAUCACAAGGCUACGCAAGGAGAACGAGCUGUUUGACAACUACAUGCAGCAGGAUGCUCAUGAGUUCCUAAACUACCUGCUAAACACCAUCGCAGAUCUCCUGCAGGAGGAGAGGAAGCAGGAGAAGUCAAAUGGCCGUCUUGCCAAUGGCACAUUGGACUCCCAGAACAACAACAGCAAUGCCACACCUGCUCCAACCUGGGUCCACGAGAUCUUCCAAGGCACGCUGACCAACGAGACGCGUUGUCUCACCUGUGAAACGAUAAGCAGCAAAGAUGAAGACUUUCUGGACCUUUCUGUGGAUGUAGAACAGAAUACCUCCAUCACGCACUGCCUCAGAGGGUUCAGUAACACAGAGACUCUGUGCAGCGAGUACAAAUACUACUGUGAGGAAUGUAGAAGCAAGCAGGAGGCACACAAGAGGAUGCGCGUAAAGAAGCUGCCAAUGAUCCUGGCUCUGCACCUCAAGCGCUUUAAGUACAUGGAGCAGCUCCAGCGAUACACCAAGCUGUCCUAUCGCGUUGUCUUCCCUCUGGAGCUCCGUCUCUUCAACACCUCUGGAGACGCCACAAAUCCUGAGAGGUUAUACGACCUGGUUGCUGUGGUAGUGCAUUGUGGGAGCGGUCCAAACAGGGGUCACUAUAUCGCCAUUGUAAAAAGUCAUGACUUCUGGUUGCUCUUUGAUGAUGACAUUGUAGAGAAAAUCGACGCCCAGGCCAUAGAAGAAUUCUAUGGUCUCACUUCUGAAAUCUCCAAGAACUCAGAGUCGGGCUACAUCCUCUUCUACCAGUCCAGAGACUAAAUGAGACGUGGACCCGAGUGCUUUGCCACGUUGUCCCAGAGACUCCCUCUUUUACCUUUUGUGGGGGACAGCAGAUUGUAAAGUUGCACGGUGUCAUACUUGCCUACACAGCUGUAACUCAUACCUGUGCUUUUACGCACCUCAGCUCUGCAGCUCAGUCGUGGCAGUUCCCUCUACUUACCUGCUGACCCCUCACCCUGACGGCCUCCGUGUCCUUCCUGCCCCUCCCCCCAUCUGCCGCUGCGAGGACAGAGGGAGACAAUAACUAAUGAAACUGUGUGAAGAUUGUUUUAAAAAAGGAGUAAGGGUUGUACAGAUAUUGAUUGGUUGUAUGAGUGGUGUUCUAGGUUUUUCCUUGGGUGUCGGGUGAGUGGGUAUUUAAUUCAUAUGACGUAAUAUCGGCCUGGAGUCUUCACCUCCCACAAUGUUAACCUAAACUGUGACAGAGGUAUUUUGGUCAUGGAUGUAACGGAGGAUGGGUGCGCCACUUACAGGGAGAAUUGGGCUGUGUAUUUCUAGUGUACAGAAUGGUAUUUGUAUAAAUAUUUCAUUAAGAUAUUAUCAUUGGAAAAUGUUAGACUUGGAGAAGAUGUAUUAACACUAUGGUGCACUUUUGAUACUGUUUUGUAGGUGUUGGCAAGCUUAAUGUGAGGGGAUUGCUUGAAAAGGCCUGUUGUGAAGCGAUCAUUUUCUGUUUUAAAGAAAAAGAAAUAAAGCCAAUAAGAUUG